AGGGAAAUAUACUAUCAACAUACCUCACGAUAACUGCAACUCGACAUGAAGGUCAAAAAAACAGCCUUGCAAAUACGACGUGAAGCAUUCUUCAGGAAAAAGUAUUUAUGGCGCACCAAAUUACGUUCUGCUCGUUAUAUUCGCCCCGGCGCCCUUAGGACUUGGAAACGUGAUGAGAUCAAUACGUUGGAUCCAUCGACUUUUUCGGACGCGACACCUGUGGAGCUAGCAGCAGCAUUAGAAAAAGAUGAGUUACUUAGGGGUGUGGAAGUGGGAUCUAAACCAGUAUCAUCAACCUAUGAUCGGUUCGAUCCGGGUGUUGAAGCAAGUAAGGCAAUACCGUCAUCAAAACCUAUAUUCUUUCUAAUAUUGACAAGCCGCGGAUACUCCUGGAAAGCCAUGCGAGCCUGCGUUUCUAGAUGCCCUCGUCACGGACUGUUGCGUUUUGAUUUGGGAAUUUCGUAGCCUUUACAGAUACACAGACUUCAACUCAAUGGACGACCCAUUACCCACCGAGUAUGCGGAAAUUUUCUAUGAUCUCAACACCGUAUUUACACAAUGCCGGAGGCUUAAAAAAUCGCCUGAACUCUUCUCAACGCUAGUACAAGAGCGUCAAUUCAUGGAGAAGAUGAGUCGUAUAGCGGAAAUUGUGGACCAUCUGCGAGAUGUUAUAGUCUUGAAAAAUGAUAGUAAGCUCGCCAGGAACGAAAUGCGAAAGAGGGAGAGAGAACUUGCCAAAGGUCUACCAUUCUUUUAUCCCGGACGAGCAGAUGGAAGACACCCCUGGACUAGAUGGCUGGAAAAUUCUUUACCUGUGAUGCCUCCAGGUUGGCUGGGGAUUCAGCAGAAAAUACCACAUAUUGGCGAUAAUAUAAUUCGAAGAAUCACAACUAUGUAUGAACUAUACGAAAGGCAGUUUACAAUUGUGAGUAUAUCAACCAUGUUCUAUACACAUAGAGGAAACGGAUAGACUAAUGUAUUUUUCACAGGAGGGACUUGUUGAUAGCGAAGUGAAUGUAAGUUUGAUAAUAUCAACCUGCUUCAUGACCGAAAAAUAAACUAAAACGUCAUCUAGGAUACCUUGGAAGAUUUUCCUGCCCCAGGAGAACCAUUUGAGCAUAUGACCUACUCGAAAUCCUCAACAAUGGCAGUAAAUUACGUGCAGUAUAGAAGUGGAGAUAGGUCGGAGUUCGACCAAAAUGGGAUCUUGAGGAUUGAGAAGUUAGCAGAAGCUGUUCAGCGGAGUUUCAGACGGCAGCAGAAUCCAGUAAUUGCAAAGAAUGCAAAUAUGCCGUAUCAUCGAUUUAUGAUGGGUUAUAAGGUAGAAACACUAAAUGGCGAUGUCCAAUAGACCGUUUAAGAGAAAUCCAGAUGUUCUCGAUCUUCUCCCCAAAAAGCUUUCACUUUUGUAUGUUUUACAUUAACCGACAUCCCUACAUCUUUUAUGUAUUUUACA